GGACGUGUUUGGAUGAGGGGGCAGUUCGGUGGAGGGAGAGUCCUGGUUAAUGUGGUUACUGUGAGCCACCAGCUGUGUAUGGAUCCACAGACGCAGCAUUCACACUGACUGCUGGCUCGCGCUCUCGCCACACAGCUGCUCUUCAUUCUCAGCCACAUAAAUUACAGCUCGGUGUGAACAGUAGAGCCGCGUCUGCUCGGAAAAUCACAUACAUGUGUUUGUGCCAGUGGUGGAAGAAGUUCACUGCAGUAUCAGUACCACAAAUCUAAAAAAAGUCCUGCAUUCAAGACCUUUCGUAAGCUUUGUGAUGGUGCAUCUUCCUGCUAGUCCCAGAGGCUUUGUGAAGAUUUAUUUAGCUGAAGGAGGAGGAGAACUUUCUCAGCACAUGAAGGAAGACUUCAUCCUUCAGUGUAUCGCAAACAUUCAGCACCAGCACAUCAGGACUCACGGGCUUUUAAUCUGAACGGGACUGAUGUAGUACAAGUACCAUAUUUACCUGUGAGGCAGACUGGAGUCAAAGUAUAAAGUGGCAUGAAAUGGAAAUACUCAAGUGGGACCAUCAGAGGUGACCUGCUGCUGCUGCACCCCCACAGUGGACUGUGAUCGUCGCUCUGAUUGGAUGAACCCGUCUGUUCACCUGUGCGCUGGCCCAUCCCUCCACCUGUCAGUCAGCCAGAGGCGGGAUCUGAUGAGAGGACUGCAGCCGGAGGAGCGAGGAGACGACCUGCUAUGGCCGGCGCAGCCGACGGUGUAGGCAGUCUGGGUGCUGAGCAGAACCACCUGAGCGUCCCUGUCACUGAUCAUGGAGCCUGGGCCACGGCCAUGAACAACCUGGGCAUCAUGCCUGUGGGCAUCAGCGGGCAGCAGCUGCUCUCAGACUCUCUGUGCAUCCAGAGGUUCGACCCCGGGCUGGGCCUCAUCGCACCCAUGAACCCGAUGAUGGCCGGCAUCAGCCUGGUGCCUCCUCCGCCCGUCCCGGCCGACAUGCCCGUCAUCAAGGAGAUUAUCCACUGCAAGAGCUGCACUCUGUUCCCUCAGAACCCCAACCUGCCCCCUCCAUCGACUCGGGAACGUCCCCCCGGCUGCAAGACGGUGUUUGUUGGAGGUUUGCCGGAGAACGCCACAGAGGAAAUCAUCAGGGAGGUGUUCGACCAGUGUGGAGAGAUCACCGCCAUCCGCAAAAGCAAGAAGAACUUCUGCCACAUCCGCUUCAGCGAGGAGUUCAUGGUGGACAAAGCGAUUUACCUUUCAGGGUACCGGAUGCGUAUCGGAUCCAGCACUGAUAAGAAGGACUCUGGCAGGAUCCACGUGGACUUUGCCCAGGCCAGAGACGACCUGUAUGAGUGGGAGUGUAAACAGCGCCUACUGGCCAGAGAGGAAAGACAUCGCCGCAAGAUCCACGAAGACCGACUGCGCCCGCCGUCUCCGCCGCCCAUCGUGCACUACUCUGAGCACGAGGCGGCGCUGCUAGCAGAGAGGCUGAAAGAUGACCAUAAGUUCAGCGAGGCCACGGCGGUGCUGUUCACCUGGAUCGAUCGAGGCGAAGUCAGCCGCCGGACCGCCAAUCACUUCUACUCCAUGAUCCAGUCGGCCAACAGCCACGUUCGGAGGCUGAUGAGUGAGAAAGCUCAGCACGAGGAGGAGAUGGAGCGCGCCAAAGAGACCUUCAAGAACGCCCUGGUGGCCAUAUUAACACAGUUCGAGCAGAUCACCGCCGUUUUCACCGCCGCCACCAGGCAAAAGGCAUGGGACCAUUUCUCAAAAGCACAGCGCAAGAACAUAGACAUUUGGCGCAAGCAGUGUGAGGAGCUGAGAAACGCCCACAGUGAGGAGAUCAUGGGCAUCAGACGGGAGGAGGAGAUGGAGAUGUCGGACGACGACUCGGAGGAAAGUCCCUCCAAGAGGAUGCGGCUUGGAGAAAACGGAGUGUAUGAUGCGGCUCAGGCGUCUCUGAAGGAGGAGAACGACUCCCUGCGCUGGCAGCUGGACGCCUACAGGAACGAAGUGGAGCUCCUGAGGAAGGAGCAGAGCAAAAGCAGCCGAGCAGAUGAGGAACACACACCAACGCAGUCGCACACACACACUCCGGAGGCUCAGAUCCAGCUGCUGCAGCAGAGUAUGCACAACAUGCAGCAGCAACUCCUGAGCCUGCAGGAGACGCUGCAGAGUAAGGAGGCGGAGCUGGAGCAGGCAAAGGAGGAGCAUCGUUACCUGGAAGGGGAGGUGCUCGCCCUGCGGGACAAGCUGCGUCACAGUAACGUGGAGGCUGUGGACGGAACCAACGGAGACCUGCAUGAACAGGGGAUGAACGGGUGUGUCCCUUCGCUGUACCACAGCAGAGACAGGAGGACUGAGCUGCUGAGGGGAGGUGUGGCCUCAGAGAAGGAGGCCCUGCUUCUGGGCAUCAUAUCGACCUUCCUGCACGUCCACCCGUUUGGGGCUAACCUUGAGUAUCUGUGGUCCUACAUACAGAGACUGGAUUCAAAGGUGUCGGCGGGGGAGCUGGAGCGUCUUAUGGUCCGUCUGCCCAGUAUGUUCAGGCAGGAGCUGAGUGGCGUCGGCGCGACUUUGGAGAAACGAUGGAAGUUCUGUGGUUUUGACAGUCUGGGUUCAGCGUGACGCGUGGAGAACGCGCACACACACUGAGAAGACACACUGAACAGACGCACAAGACACCUCCGACUUUAGUGUGUGUGUGUGUGUGUGUGUGUGUGUGUGUGCGUGUACGUGUGUGUGUGUGUGCAGUGUGUCGAAUGAUGAUGUUCACUCAAGCAGACACUGGAAACUGUGGGAGAGACGGACGUUCAGACCUCAGAAAGGACAAAGUACAGGACAGAAAGGACUUUGCCUGCAGCAGGACAUUCAGUCUCCAGUUUGUUGACUAAGAGGGUCUCAAACCCGAGUCUCUUUGGUUUGAACUCAGUCGUGGUCCUCGGUUGUCUUUGGAGUGUGAGAGUUAUACCAAAGCUGAUCCUUUACGUGUUUGGUUCUAAAGCUAAAUUUCAUGCCAAACUUUGCUUCAUUUAUCGACAAGAUGGACUGUUGGUUGCCGGUUUUGGCCACAGACUGGGCGGGAUCAGAUCCACCUUGCAGGGUUUGUUUGGACACAAGCAAACAUCAGAUAAAACCAAACAUGGCAUCAAAAUCCUGAACAGAAACCUUUUGCUGAGCUCCUGAGACAGGACAACAUCAAACACAACAUGCUAACAGUAAAGCUGUUAGAAAUACACUAAAGGCCAUAAAUACAAAAGUUAAAAACACUAACGUGCAGAAGAAAAAUAACAUAAACAUAGCAAAACAUGGAAAGUGUUGUAAUGAGUUACAAAUGAAACCAGAAAGGAAUGCAGCUUAAAGUCCCAUGACAUCAGAAAGAUAUGACAGUUUGUGCUCACUGAUACAUCAGUACCCGACCCACAGCGACAGAGCAGGAUUCUGGGGCCUCGCUGAUGACCCUACAAAGACACGCUCAUUUCUUUAUUCACUGAUUUUGGGGGAACUGGAUCACAUUUUAUGGAGAAAAUAUUUUCUGGUUUUCGCUCUGCCUAAACUCUUGAGUUUCCUGAUGGACAGAUCGCUUCUUCGAGGUGCCAAGACCCAAACCACAUCAGGACCGUCUGUCAAACUGGCCUCUGUUGGACAGGAAACUCAUAAAAGUACAGCUUCAUGGGAGCUUGAAAGGGCUGGUGAGAUUUACCAGUCGAGUCAAAUAUCCUCAGGGAACCAGAGUCCACAUGCUGCAACAGUCACAAUAAAAUGCAGUUUGACGAGCUGAUACUGGAGCAGCAGAAUCAGUUUACCUUCUAUACUUUCUGUUCCGAUGUCAGGAGCUCUGCACAUUUCUGAUGUACAGUACGCAGUAUUCAGCCGCUGGUACUUUGGUGGCUAUAAUACUUCAAAUACUUACGGUCUGUGCAAAAUCAAACUGUUUUUGAUACGACAGCUGUGCUAGUUGUAUUAAAAGCAUUAAUAUUGUGUAAUUAUAUCUGUUAGUGGCGGAGUCCACCAUUCCGUGCUGGGUUCAGAUGCAUUCACACAGGAAGUGCUGACAGGAAACGCUGCAGCAGGUGAUCCAGUGUGACUGUCUGUAGUCCGAUCAGACUGUUCACUCUCGAGCAGCUGGAUUUAGCUACGCAUGCUAGCACAGCUGUUACUGUUCGACUGGCGUGAGGGUCGGAUUUGGUGUGGAUGAAGUCAAUGGAGGGAAACCACUGCAGUGUUAGAAACAAGCGGACCCACGUGGUUUCUGCUCGGGCCUCCUGCAGAGACGUGAACUGAGGGGGGAACAGGAGAACAUCUGGGGGAGGGAUCGCUUCCAUACUUCUACAUAAUUUAUUUAAGUCAUAAGUUAUAUACUGUAUUUAAACAGCUGAAUUAAAAAACCGGUUGACCUCUUGACCUUGACAUAAAUAAGAUGGCAGAAAGAUGACUGUGUCCUUUUUUAAAGUAUACUUCUUUUCUAUAAGAGUUAGCAACGAGUUUUCCCCUCAGAAUGGAGUGAAGAGUGAGGAUGAAGAAGGUCGGACUGCGGCGAUGAAGAUGCUGAAGAGGAGGAGACGCCACUGAAUUAUUCAUGUCCUGUAUUUUGUGUUUCUAAAGACCACAAUGCUGUAUGUGUACAUUUGUUUUUAUUAUUUAAAUAAAGUUGUUGUUAGCAGAGACGAGUAGUGACUUUGUGACCAGACUGCACUUGUUGGCGUUUGAGUCCUGACUCCACCUGAGCUGUGGCUGAAG